UGACUUUCAAUUCACACAACACAACCCAAAACAAAGUCCCAGCUAAGCUUUUGACUUAUUUGGUUGUCAUCGCCUGGCAACCGUUUUAAACAGACUGUUUGUUGCCAGACAACAGCAAUAACAACAACUUGUAGUGCAAAUUUUCAUUUCAGUCAUGGCCAGCAGCGGGAGUCGUGUGGGACGCACCGCCUCCACGAUGAGCGGGGGUCAAAAGUCCAGACAAACCAUUCCGACCCGACAGCCUUGCUUCACAUUGAAGCGUCCACUGAUCUUUCAGGUGCGCAAAUCACUGGUGGAAUAUGUGGACGAUGAGCUGUUGGACAUGAAGACUUCGGUGUUUUAUCAACGCAUCUUCAUACUCGCCAAGAAUGUGGAACGGGAACGCGAGAGCAACCAAACUACACAGGCCACACUUGCGGCACAUGCGGCCACAGCUGCCACAAUGGCUGCAUCGCGUCCUCAGCUGGAUGGCGAUACGGCCACCUUGAAGACAGCCGAAGUGAUGGGCGGAGGCGAUGAUGAGCACUAUUCACAGGCAUCCACAGCGGAAGAGUUGCCGACGCAGCCCAAGCUGGAACCUGAUGAUCCGCAGGAUCCUGAAAAGGAGACGUUGACACGCACUUUUAACUUUGAUUUCGACGAUGAUGCUCAAGGCGAGGAUGAAGCUGAAGAGCUGGAAGCAGAGGCAGAGCUUGAAGCAGGACCCAAGGACAGAUACACACUGUUCACCGAGAAGCUGCAGGAGUUGCAGAAAAAGUGUCGCUACUUGUCUUAUACUCCUGAUCCCAUGUGUGGACUGCUUGUUUAUAUGAACGAUUAUACGAUGCUGAUGCUGGAGAGUGGAGAAGACAUGAUGGGCAUCUUUUGCGGUGAGCUCUUGAAGUGCAUCGGCGACUACUGGCAAUCGAAUCGUGUGGUGCUCAUCGAGGAUCACAUUCAGGAUCUUUACACAAGGGAGCUUGUCUUUCGCCGCAUUCCAGCCGCCUUUCUCAACGAAAAGUUUCCGCCCUCGACGCCCACCGAUGAGUAUUUGAUGGGCAAACAGCAUCUGAUCAUCAAGGAGAAGAUGCACACCAUCUGCAGCCUUGUGCACGACAGCCUCGAACCUCGUGGCCUGACCGCCACAGAUCUCUCACAUGCCGAAUCCACAAUGGGCAUGGAUCCUCCCUCCGAUAACGAGGGCGGCUUCGAGGGCAGCGAGGAAGAUCAUCCGCCGCGUGUUUCCUACCAGGCUAAGACCAGUUUAGCAUUAGCCUCCACUCAACUGGCUCCGGAUGUGUUUCGCAAACUCCUGCCGGAGAUUCAACGCAUUGAACUUGUGCUCGCUUCCACGCGCUUCUAUUACACGCUUCAGGAGUUUACUGAUCUGUAUGGCAAGGUGCCGUUUGGCCGCGACGACGAUAGCUUCUAUUGGCCCAUACAGAACAACUAUGCACCGCCCAACAUCUUUGUGCGUACGCCGUUCGACAUUAAUCUGACAUUCGCCGACUAUUCGGCGCAGAUGAAUCGUCGUAUGCAGGAGGAGCAGGAGAAGCACAAGGCCGAGAUGGAGGCAGCUGCUGCAGCUGAGGCCAUGGAUCAGUCGCAGGAUGGUGGGCAACCACGACACACUAAUCAGCCCAAGGAGGCGGAAGCGGAUGUACUUCAAUCUCAUUGCAUAUUAUCAGCCAUCCAAGCGUCGUUGCUCUUUCUCGCUGUUGUCUCGUUGUUGUAUCUCGCUUAUCUGCCCCAAAACUCGUGCUCGGUUACAAUGUUUUCGGCAUUGCGCACAUGACUGCAUUCGCCGUGUGUGUAGGAGGCAUUGGUUCAGUGGUUGCCCCACUUCCUUCCCCCCACUAUAUCCCAUUCUCUUCCCUCUUCCUUCCACUUUUGUGUGUGGAUAUGUGUCGCCUCGCUUACCUCGCUUACUUGUUUUGCGCUUGCCACUUGAAUGGCUCGACUUUGUUAACAUAAACAUAAAUUUGUGCACAUCCUUAAACCAAAACACACACACACUUAUUCUCAUACACAUACACAUAAUGAUAAACAAAUACAUAGAGCGCGCCAGCUGUCAGUUGUAAUACCGUUAGCUUGCAGCUGUCAAAAGCCGUUGCUGUCAUUUUAAGUCAGUUGACAGUCCAAAAGUCAAAUACACACACACACACGCACACACAAUCACACACUCACUAAGAGUGACUUGUAAGCUGCAAGAGCAGAAAUCAUCAAAAGCGAGGAAAGAAAAGUAAGCUCGGUUUAUUUUGGGGCUGCAAAAAAUACAAAAACUCUUUAUGAAUAAUGUUUUUCUGCUGAAUUUGUAAAUGAAUUUGUAAAUGAAAUUUAGCGCAACUUUUGUGGCGGCAAAUAAAAUGUAAAAACGUAAACUGAAAUGCCAAAAAGCGUGUUUAGAAAUUGAGCUGAAAAGUUAAUUAAACUUUUAGGUGAGCAAAACACAACAGCAGAAGCAGAGCAGAGCGGAGCAGGACGCACGCACACGAGGACAGCUGCAGGCAGGCAACAGCAGGCUGCUGCUGCAGGACAUGACUCUGACAAGGACACAAUUCAAUCAAGCGACACAUCAGCAGCAACAGCAACAGCAACAACAGCAACAGCAACGAGUGUCAGCGCAUAAACAAGGACAUUGCACUCCAGGGGGCGCAGCUCGACAGCAAGCAAAGCAAAGGGAGAACGAGAGACGAGCAGCAAAGCCAAACAUUUGCCACUGCAGUUUUCAUAAGCUGCCAAGCAACGACAACAACAACAACAGCAGUAACAACCACAGCAGCAACACUGGCGACAACAGCAACAAAAUGACGAUAAGCCGCUGCAAUGAGGAGCAGCAGCAGCUACAGCAGCACCGUGUGGCAUACAACUUGAGGCGCAAACUCAUAAAUUACAAGUGGGCCAAGUUAGCAAAAAAAGAAACAACAAAAAAAACAACGCAGCUAAAAUGACUUUUGGCUGCUCGAGUCUCUAUGUGGCCAAAAGUAAAAACAGUUUGCUGCAGUCACUUUUAGGGGCGCUAGGGCGUGGUCGGGGCCAUGGCCAGCGGCUGUCGACUGUCUGGCCAAAAGAGACAGAGCUGGAAAGUCAGGGCAGCAUCACUCGAGCCAAACUCAAUUUGUUUGUAAUGUUUUAGACAACAAAGCAACGACUACAACAAUCACUACAACAACUAAAUAAUGCACAAAAUACACACAAACACACGUACAAUAACAAUUUAGCGCAAAUUUCGCAGCGCGCUAAACGAAUCACAAGAAUUUUUGUACAACGUGCAACUGCAACAGCAACAGCAGCAUCAACAGCAGCAAAUAUAAAUGCAGCUGCCACACACA